GCAGCUAGAGCCCUUGCAGCCUGAUUAUCACAUGACUCGACGGCGGCAGUAGCCGUGGCAGCAGCCGCGCGGGCUCCGCGGGCUCGCCUGGUGGUCUCAGUUCCGCUCACGCAGGAGUCCAGCGCAGCGGGCGGGAAGGGAUCUGCUGCAGCUGCGGCUCCCGGAGCGCGCAGCGUCUCCCCCUGUCCGGCCGACCUCCUCCAUGCCUCCCCGUUGCGGAAGUGUAGCGGGGGAAGGCGGCGGCGGCACCGAGCACGGGAGGCCGGGGCUCGGCCCCCUGCAGCACUAGGCUCCGGGAGCCGCGGGGCGCGUCCCAGCAGCCCGGCUGCUCGUGCGCCCGGCGCCCGCCGCAGCCUGCAUGCCCCGCGCUGCGCCCACCGGUGCCCCCGCCGCCGCCUCCUGCUCGCAACGCUGCUGCAGGGCGCCGGAGUAAUAUGCUCACUCGAGUGAAAUCUGCCGUGGCCAAUUUCAUGGGCGGCAUCAUGGCUGGCAGCUCCGGCUCCGAGCACGGCGGCGGCGGUUGCGGAGGCUCGGACCUGCCCCUGCGUUUCCCCUACGGGCGACCCGAGUUCCUGGGGCUGUCUCAGGACGAGGUGGAGUGCAGCGCCGACCACAUCGCUCGCCCCAUUCUCAUCCUCAAGGAGACCCGGCGGCUGCCCUGGGCCACUGGCUACGCAGAGGUUAUCAAUGCUGGGAAGAGCACACACAAUGAAGACCAAGCCAGCUGUGAGGUGCUCACUGUGAAGAAGAAAGCGGGGGCGAUUACCUCAACCCCAAACAGGAACUCAACGAAGAGACGGUCCUCCCUUCCCAAUGGCGAGGGGCUGCAACUGAAGGAGAACUCGGAAUCAGAAGGUGUUUCCUGCCACUACUGGUCGCUGUUUGACGGUCACGCGGGGUCCGGGGCCGCGGUGGUGGCUUCCCGCCUACUGCAGCACCACAUCACGGAGCAGCUGCAGGACAUCGUGGACAUCCUGAAGAACUCAGCCGUCCUCCCGCCCACCUGCCUGGGCGAGGAGCCGGAGAACACGCCCGCCAACAGCCGGACUCUGACCCGAGCGGCCUCGCUCCGCGGAGGGGUGGGGGCCCCCGGCUCCCCGAGCACCCCACCCACGCGCUUCUUCACGGAGAAGAAGAUUCCCCACGAAUGUCUGGUCAUCGGGGCUCUUGAGAGUGCGUUCAAGGAGAUGGACCUGCAGAUAGAGCGAGAGAGGAGUUCAUACAACAUAUCUGGUGGCUGCACAGCCCUCAUUGUGAUUUGCCUUUUGGGGAAGCUGUAUGUGGCAAAUGCUGGGGAUAGCAGGGCAAUAAUCAUCAGAAAUGGAGAAAUUGUCCCCAUGUCUUCGGAAUUCACCCCCGAGACUGAGCGCCAGCGACUUCAGUACCUGGCAUUCAUGCAGCCUCACUUGCUGGGAAAUGAGUUCACACAUUUGGAGUUUCCAAGGAGAGUGCAGAGGAAGGAACUUGGAAAGAAGAUGCUCUACAGGGACUUUAAUAUGACAGGCUGGGCAUACAAAACCAUUGAGGAUGAUGACUUGAAGUUUCCCCUUAUAUACGGAGAAGGCAAGAAGGCGCGAGUAAUGGCAACUAUCGGAGUGACCAGGGGGCUGGGGGACCAUGACCUGAAGGUGCACGACUCCAACAUCUACAUAAAACCAUUCCUGUCUUCGGCUCCAGAGGUAAGAGUCUAUGACCUCUCCAAAUAUGAGCAUGGAGCAGAUGAUGUGCUGGUCCUGGCCACUGAUGGACUCUGGGACGUUUUAUCAAAUGAGGAAGUGGCAGAAGCAAUCACUCAGUUUCUUCCUAACUGCGAUCCAGAUGACCCUCACAGGAGGACCAGAACAAAGACAGAGCCACCACAAGAGAAUGUGACUGCUUGGUGUGGAGGCAGAUUGGUGUCACAUGCGAUGCUGGGCCAUCAUUGCUAGCUCCUGUCUGAAGAGGAAAAGUGGGGAGAAGACAACUGGGAAGAUGGAAAAAGAGAAAGAUGAGAAGAAAGGGGAUCGCAGCAAGCAAAAAAGGAAAAGAGAAGUGGAGGUGACAUGAGGACUGAAGCAAUGGGGGAAGAAUGCUCAUAGUCUCAGGCCAGGCACUGGAUAAAUAUUAAGAUAGGAAGUAAAUAAUGACCAAAGUAAUUAGCAGUCAGCAAGCCCACCAGGCAGGCCCUUUACUGUUGCUUUCCUCCACUUCCUCUUGCUUUGUCAUUUCACUGAUAAUAGCACCUCUCCUGGAAAGAGAUGAAAUUUGUUUCAUCAAUUUUAGAUAGUUCAUAGUUAAAUUCUGUAUUAGUUUUCUAUUGCUGCUGUAACAAAUUACCACAAACUUAAUUGUUUAAAACAAUAUAAAUUAAUUACCUUAUAGUUCUGGAGGUCAAAAGUCCAAAAAAGGUCAUACUGGGCUAAAAUCAAGGUGUCAAGAGGGUUUUCUGAAGGUUCUAGGUGAAGAUGUGUUUGCCUUUUCCGGCUCUCAGAGAUGACUUGCAUGUUUGGGCUCAUGGCCCCCUUCCUUCUGAAGUAUGUUUCUCUGACUCUGGCUUUUCUGCCUCCUUAUUCCACUGUGACUAAAUUGGGCUCACUGGAUAAUCUAGGAUAAUCUACCUAAUUUAAAGUCAGUUGAUUAGCAACCUUACUCCAUCUGCAUUUAAUUCCAUGUAGCCUAACAUAUUCAUAGGUUCUGGGGAUUAGGAUGUGGAAAUCAUUGAGGGGGAGGACCAUAAAUACUGUAUAACCUUCCUGAAACUACACUGUUUCAAAUUUUCCCUAGUAUUCUUAAAAAACAAGAACUCUGCAUGUCAGUUAUUUGUUUUUUCUUCUACAGGUUUGUUGGAAACGAAAGUAACAAUCCUAAUAACCAUCUCUCAUUUAAAGAAGGGAAGACUUAUUGCUUUGGCUAAAACAGUACUUGUCACAAUAGUAAUAGGACUUAGGCAAAGACAGAGCCCCUCUUGCAGGAGCUCCUCAUACUAUCAGCAAGUCACCUGGCCCCACCCUCCUCCUACCAAUGCUGUACAGCUCUCAGUGGUCUUGCCUCUUUGCCCUGAAAGGCAGUGGAGAGGGUCUGGCACUCUAAUGAAGGGGCAAUAUACAAAUCCACAGUCCCAGGGGACCCAAUUAUUUGGGUCAGUUUUAUAAUUUCUUUAGAACUAGAAACUUGUCAUGCAAAAUGACUCCUGGCUAUUUAUUUGUUAAUCCAAGUAAAGUAAUACAAUUGCUAUAGAAAUUUGUAGCAAGCAAGGAGGGGUUUUCUAGUCUCAGAUAGGUUAGACUUCAAUCAACAAGAAAAACAUCGGAUUGGGUAUUGUUUUUGACAAUGUUGGUAGAUAUCACAAUUAGGAAGGAGAGAAAGAGUUAAAAUUACCAAGGAAUAAUUUUUAAAGAAAAUAAUACAUUUCUGCUUUUUAUCAUUUUCUGAGUCAUUUCCUGAACAUUUCUUUAAAAUGUCAAUGUGGCCAUUUCCCAGUGCCCAUUUAUUGGGCACUUUAGGUAUAUUAUCUGUGAUCCUUCUAAUAAUCUUUCAUGGUAGGUAUUACAAACAAGGAAAUUGAGGACAAAUGAGGUUAAGAAAUUCACCUGAGGUCACGCAGCUAUUCAAUAGCAGAAAGAGGAAAUUACACUCUGGUUACCUGACUCCUGCCCAGAAUUACUCUCGCUGCUGGAUCACCUAAUGCCUACAAGGUAGGUGGCAGCAAUGGAAACAUGUAGGAGCUCCACUGCCCAGGCCCCAAAGUCACCCAGUCUGGCUUAUGCCUCCUCAGUCGGCUAAUCCCUAACCAGCUCUGACUUCCCCAAUUUCCUGAUUUGUGACCUGCCUAGAGUCCCGUGAUGAAACGGAAUAUAACUGUGUGUCCACCCCUUGUUUCUAAUGCCUCAUCACUUCACCACAAAGACAAGCUAUACAUUAUACAGGAAGAAAUGAAAAAAUUAGGCAAACAAGAGGGACAAAAUAAAGAAACUGAGCAAAGAAAUUUGAAAAAGACAAAAAUCAGGAAGGAGUAGCUCAAUUUUGUAGAACAUGAAAAAGUCACACAUACUGUUUGCCACUGAAGGACUAGAGUGCACUGCUGUACAAAACUUGAAAAUUCUGGUUUUCUACUAUUUGGUGUCUUUAGACUGCAUCCUCAGAGAAGAUGUAUCUUGGAACUCAAAUUCAAUAUUUGACCAAAGCGAAUGAUUAAAAAUGUUAAUUAAAAACAAAGCCAAAACCAAUAACAGCCUAAAUAUUAGGAAAAAUUCCUUUCGUGAAUUAAAUUCACUUAGUAAUACAUUCAUUCUUAAAAUUAGACAGUUUCUUUUUAACUAAGGCUUUGUAAGUUUUUAGUUUAUGGAAAGAUGCUACUAUUGAUGAAACUAAAUUUUCCUGAGAACUCAGUAUUAUUUUUAAAUCUAAGAAUGUAUAUGCAUUGCAGUAAGAGACAUGAUCUAACAUUAUGCAAAACCUUCCCUAAGGUGUGGCAAAUCGGCGUGUUCCCCAGGUCCUCCUACGCAAUGCAUGACACUAAACUGUUACUGGGCCCUGUCCUUCAGAAUAAGUGGUCUCUCUAAUUUAGCUUAUCCUCAUAAAAGCUAUUAAAUUGGAGGAGUCACAUAGUGAUACUCAAUAAUACUGGCUAAAUAAAGAAAGGUGUAUUAUGUACAGCUGACCUUUGAACAAUGUGCGGGUUAGGGGCACUAUGUCUCUGUGAAGUCAACAAUCCACAUAUAACUUUAGACUCCCCCAAAACUUAACUACAAAUAGCCUACUGUUGACUGGAAACCUCAUAACAUAAGCAGUCAAUUAACACAUAUUUUGUUAUUUACUGUAUUCUUACAAUAAAGUACGCUACAGAAAAUUUGUCAUUAAAAAAACAUGAGAAAAUACUUACAGUAUUUAUUGAAAAACAACUCAUGCAUAAGAGGAUCCAUACAGUUCAAACCAAUGUUGUUCAAGGGUCAACUGUACACAUGUUCACUGACUCACAUUAGCGCAUGACUCACAUUUAUUUUCCAAGGCAAAACAAUUCAGGUAAAACUUCCCUUCUCUUUUCCAGUCCCCCUUCCUUCAAAACCCACUUUCUUUUAGGUUUUCCUCUUUGACAUUGCUAUUAACAUUAUAGUUUAAUUAAAUUAGAAUCCUAUACAAAAUGCUGGGGAAGAGGCAAUGAGAUACAUUUGACCCAGCCCCCAGGGCUUAUGGGCCACGUUAUGAUGGCCCAUAAUGUGGUAAGGAGCCAGGAUAGAUUUUAGCACCGUUUUCUACACUAUAUUGUGUCCUUUAACAAUGGUAACUCUCCAUUAGUAAGGGAUAUGAAUAUCACGACUUGAGCAUCAAGUUAAGGGUCUUUACCUAAAAUAGAUUCAAGUGGCCUACAAAAGGGCUUGAAAUUUCUGCUUACUUCGUAGGGUAAAUACUGAAAGCUGCUAUUGCUGUCAUCCAAGUAAAAUUUUUGUGUUAACUCUUUCGCAUUAUUUAUAUUAACUAUCUAGUUGCUGUUUUUUUGUUUUUUUAAGUAAAGUAGGCAAGUUCAGAGUUUAGAUGAUAAUAAAAAGCCAGAAAAUGUCUUCAGCAUAUAAAGAGGCCUGGGGUGGGGGUGGGGGUGGCAUGAAGGAAGAGGGUUGUAGGGGUAGAAAGUCCUGGUGAACUAGAAGUCGACAUGAAGGCACUGGAUUCCAUAAGUAAAGAUGAUGACAAAGGAAACCAACAUUUCAAAAAACAAUUACACACCAGGCAGGCCCUGUGCUAGGUACUUAGCAUAUACCAACAUAUGAAAUUCAAGAGGAUGGAGAAUUGUUGUGCUUCUUUACAGUCAUCCAAGCUACAUUCAUAUAUAUAUUUUUUGUUUUACUAUGUGAUUUAAAGUUUAAAAAAAAAUAAAUAAGGAAGAAAAGCAAUGAGAAAAGUACUUCUUCCUAGAAGAAAAGUACCAUCUUCUUGGUCUAAAAAUCUGUGAAUUAUAGACAAAUCAUCUGUCUCACACCAAAUACAUAUGGUGAGGUAGGCAUAAUAUAACCAUUAUAAACAUUAUCGCUCAAAAAGAGAAAGUAAAAGGCAUUCUCUGGUCCAUUGCAAAUCCAGCUGGGCAUAUAUUGCCUUUUCCUUGAUUACUUCUACUACCGGCAGUGAUUCUCCUCAGCUCUUGGCUCCAUCCUCUGAGUUAUCCUUCCUAUUCUAUAAAAUAUAGUCCAUAUUUUAAGUUCAGUAGUUUGAUGAGCCUACUUCCUGCCUAGGAAGUUCCAGGAUCUAAAACCUUUUCAUUUUGAAGCCAUCUCUGUUCCUUACAGUCCAAGCGGCAAUAUUUUUAGAAGUAUAAUUCUUUUAAAAGCUUUGUAAGUUUACUAUGAACCUUACUGAUCUUCUUGGGGUUUACUUCAUUAGGCAAAAUCCACGUCGACAAAUGUUCUCUACCAGGGGCUCCCUGGAAAGCUGCUGUGGAUCAAUGUCCUAAUAUUCUUAGAAUGCCUACUGUCUAAAGCUUUUGUCUUUUUGCAAGGAUUCAGAAGGAAUCACCUUAAGUUCUUCUGGGGUCUUAAUAAAGACUUUUACAAUCAUAUCUUUAGCUUCAUCUUUACUCUGAGUUGUUUUUAUAACAGGGCUGUGAAUCUGACUUUUGUCCUAAGACCUUUUUUGAGUUUGGGAAUAUUUGGCUAGGAAAGACUAAUCACCAGAAAAAGGUUUUAUUUUCUAACCCAGAAAUUCCUGACUCCUGUAUAUUUCCUCUAAAUCUUGCCUGAACACUGAGUGAUUUCUUUUAAACCUCACCAUUAUCUGUAUUUUAUGAUAUACAACUAAGAGAAACCAGGAAGCUUUUAACCUUUAACCUGAAAACUCAUCAGGCCAAUCCAUCAGUUCAUUAGAUAUAUUUUCUAUUUCUACAUUAUCACAGGCAACAGUUUUUUAUUAACAAGGGUUUUUCCUCCCAUGUUAAUAAUUUUUCCUUCACUUUUCCUUUAAUCCCUACUGUUAACCUCAAGAGCCAUUGGACUUCUGCUACUAAUCUUUUCAAGACCCUUCCAAGUUAUACUUAUAGCUCAGUUCCAAAGUCACUGUCAUAUGUUUUAGGUUUUGUUAUUGUAAUCCUCAAUUUCCAGGUCCCCAAAUCAGUUGUGGUUAUCUAUUGCUAACUAAUCACCUCAAAACUUUAAUUUAAAAAAUCCACAACUUUAUUAUCCUCUCUCAUGGUUCUGGGGCUUGACUAAGCUUAACUAGAUGAUUCUUGCAUGGGGUGUCUCAUGAGGCUGCAGCCAGAUGGUAGCUGGUGCUGAAAUCAUCUGAAGUCUUGCUCAUUCAUCUGUAUGGCACCUGAUCUGGGAACACUUAAAUAGCUGGGGGCAGGAACAGCUGGGAUUCCUCCAACAUCUCUCCCUAUCUCUAUGUGAUCUCCCCAUGGCAUUUUCAGCAUGGAAGCUUCAGGGUAGUUGUACUUACAUGGCAGCUCAGAGCUCCAAAAGUAUAUGUCAUAGAGGGAGAGGGGAAGACAGAAGUUCUGUCACCUUUUAUGAUCCUGUCUAAGAAGUUGCAAAGUGACUUCUGUCACAUUCUAUAUUUGUUGAGUCAGUCACAAAUGCUGCUUAGGUUCAAGAAAAAGGAACAUAAACUUUUUUUUUUUUCAUGAAAAAAGUGUCAAAUAACUUGCAUAUAUGUUUUAAACUACCACAGCUGGUAAAAAGGAAAAAAGAAAGGACAGAAAGAAAGGCUUAAGAACUGUUACUGAAACCAUGCUAUAUCCUAUGUCCCCAAAUGGCUGGCAGUUAUAGUCACAAAUCUGAGUGAUGAUAGUCAAAAGCAGGUCUAGGGUCACAUACAGUCAAAUGUAUUAAAGUAUUCCAACUUUUUAUUCUCCAAGAAAGAUCUAUUUCUUUCUUCAAUGAGAGGAAAGAGGAAAGGAAGGGAGGUUAGGGGAGAAGAUGAGAGAGAAAGAGAGGAGAGAGAAGAAAAAGAAGCAAGAGAGAAAAGGGAAGGAUAACACCAAAUGUUUCAUCAGGACAAGAAAGCCUUGUUCUAAAGCAGGGGUCAGCAAACUAUGGCCUGCAGGCAAAAUGUAGCCUAUGGCCUAUUUUAGUAUGGCCUAUGAGCGGAAAAUAAUUUUAUGUUUGUAAAGAGGAAGAAGGAGAAGCAGCAGCAUAUGCAAUAGAGGCCAUAUGUGGCCCGCAAAGCCUUAAAAUAUUUACUAUCUGGCCCUUUAUAGAAAACGUUGGCCCUAUUUUAAAGCACAUUCGAAUGUGUUUGCAGAUGGUUACCACAGACAGAACAGCAAACAUACCUCUAGGAUGCUUUUACUAUAUAGAUUUUCCUUACAAAAUAGAUACCAAAAUAAAAGAGGAUUUUGUCCUAUCAAGUAUCCCUUUUCUAUUAUACAGUCAAUCUCUAAUCUCCGUAUUUCUUCUCGUUUUUCCUCUAUCUGCCUACCAACAUUCUCAUCUCACAAUGAACAAUCCUUCUUCCUCUACCACCUCCCUCAAGUUUUAAAUGUUCAAUUUUCUUUGGCCCUCGUAUAACUUCUCUCCUCAAAAGCCGUAAUUGUUUCUUAUUCCUAAAGAAAAGUCAUAAAGGCAACCUAAUGAAUUAGAGAAAAUAACUGCCAAUCACAUAUCCAGUAAGGGGUAAUAUCCAACAUAUAUAAAGAACUCAUACAACUCAAUAGCAAAAAAAAAAA